CUCGCCUCUCGCGCCCGCCCAGGAAGGCUGUGGAGCCGCCGCGUCGCCCUGUGGGGCGGAGACUCGGGCGGAUUCCUGUGGCCGGUAGAGCUGAGGGGCGGCGUCGGUUCCACAACUCUUCCGGUUUCUCAGAACUGCGUCGCCUCUGCUCCGAGGCUGGGGCGACGCCCUUCAGGAGCGCUCGCAGGCGCUCUCCGCCGUCGCUCGCAGCUUCAGCUGCAGCCGGAGUUCUCUCGCUCUGGGUCUCUGCCCCGUGCGACGUUGGCUGUGAGCCGUCCCCGUUCCUCCAUGCAUUGGCCCCCGCCCCUCUAAAAUGUCCAGUAACAUACAGAGGGUCGUCCUGAAACCCGCAGAGGAGAGCUCGCGCAAAAACUCGCCUUGUGUUUCAGGCUGCAUGUACCAAGUAGUUCAGACGAUUGGCUCGGACGGAAAAAAUCUUCUGCAGUUACUUCCAAUUCCUAAUUCUUCUGGAAAUCUUAUUCCUCUAGUUCAAUCUCCAGUCAUGUCUGAUGCUUUGAAAGGGAAUACAGGAAAACCAGUGCAAGUUACUUUUCAGACUCAGAUUUCCAGCUCCUCCACAAGUGCAUCAGUUCAAUUGCCCAUUUUACAGCCAGCCAGUUCUUCAAACUAUUUUCUUACAAGAACAGUAAAUACAACAGAAAAAGGUAGAGUUACUUCUGUGGGAACUGAAAAUUUUGUUUCAUCAUUUUCUAAAGUUAAGAGUCAUGGUGUGAACAUUGAUGGACUCACCAUGAAAACAUUGGCUGUUCCUACCUCAACACAAAGUGAUUCAUCUUACAUUGUAUUCAAUCCCCCAAGUCUUCCAAUGACUGUGAAGUCUCCAGUUUUGCCUUCUGGGCAUCAUUUACAGAUUCCAGCCCAUGCUGAAGUGAAAUCUGUACCUGCAUCAUCAUUGCCUCCUUCAGUUCAGCAAAAGAUACUUGCAUCUGCAACCACAAGUACCUCAGGAACAGUUGAGGCCUCCCAAAUACCAACAGUUAUUUAUGUAUCUCCUGUAAAUACAGUGAAAAAUGUAGUUAUCAAGAACUUCCAAAAUAUUUAUCCAAAACCUGUUAGAGAAAUGCCAAAGCCAGUGAUAUUAAAUACCACACAAAUUCCAGCAAAAGUUACUACAGAGACACAAUUAAAAGGUGGUCAGCAUUCUCAAGCCACUCCAGUGAAAUGGAUUUUUCAAGACAAUCUACAACCUUGUACUCCAUCUCGUGUUCCUGUUAAAUCUUCAAAUAACGUGGCAUCAAAAAUUUUAAAGAGUUUUGUAGAUGGGAAAAAUUUGGGAACUAAUGCUAUAAGUAUGCCACCACUGAGUACCGCUGGCGCUACUGGGACACAAUCUGUAAAUGUACCUUUAAAAGAUAAUGCAUUGGUUAUGUGUAAUGGGAAAGUCUAUCUAUUGGCUAAAAGGGGGACAGGUGCUCUGCCAUCACCAGCUGACCAACAGAAUUCUGUUUCUGUUGAUACUUCACUAAGAAAAGACACAUCACAGGUAGUGAGUUCAAGUCCAGUGACAAAAAUAACCAGGGAGGUUGUAAAUAUUGUUUUAGGUAAAAGUAAAUCUUUACAGAUGGAUAGAAAAUCACUUUCAAAUACCCAGCCCUCUUCUAUGGUCAAUGUAAGUUCAGAGAAGAACAAAAAAGUGGAGAGACCAUCUCUUUCUACCACAAACCCAAAUAAUAUGAACCAAUCCAGUAACUACCCAAAUCAGAGUAAGACUUUAUUCACAAAGCCACUCUUUCCAGAUGGAUUUAGUACAGGACAGAGUGCCCUGAGAGAAAGAAAUAUCAUCCAGAGCCUAGAGAAAAUAAGUUCCUCUGUUGAUGCAACAGCUGUUACUUCACAACAGUGUGUUUUCAGAGACCAAGAACCAAAGAUCCAGAAUGAGAUGGCAUCACCAUUAGAAAAUCGUAUUCAAGAAGGCAAGGAUGUGAAAGAGUCUCAAGAAAGCAAUAAUAAGCGAUCAUAUUUGAGGAGUGAUGCCGAAUUUAAAAAGAUAUUUGGUCUCACUAAAGAUUUGAGAGUUUGCCUCAGACGAAUUCCUGACCAUUUGAACUGUGGAAAAAGUUUUGAUUAUUUUAGGAAUGUGGUGAAGAGUGGCAUAUACAGAGAGACAGAGUAUGUGGUGAAGGAAGAGAAAAAGAAACAGAGUUGUGGUAAGAAAAGAAAAGCAAAACCCAUUAAGAAGAUGGAUCACACAAAGAAGAGAAAAAUAGAGAGUGCUUUUAACACAGUCACAAAUGGGGAAACAAAUGUCAUCACUUCUGAACCCCUUAGCAGUGUUUUACCAACUUCAGAUAACAUUCUCCCAAGCCACAGCAAAACCAGAGAAGAAAAGACAAUAGAUGUAAAACAUUCUUCCCAAGAGCAGCAGGAGGAGAAAGGUGCACUGAAUUCAAAUGUAAUCUUUGAACAAAAUCAUUCCUUUAGUAAAAAUUAUACUGAAGAUAUUUUCCCAGUGACACCACCAGAAUUAGAAGAAACCAUCCGAGAUGAAAAAAUAAGAAGACUUAAACAGGUACUGAAAGAGAAAGAAGCAGCUCUUGAAGAAAUGCGUAAGAAGAUGCAACAAAAAUAACAUCAUGCCUUGUAUUAAAGACUUCUAUGAAAUCACUUUUACAUAGGCCAUUUUUAUUAAUACAGUGAUUCCCCUCAUAUCUGCCAGGGAUACAUUCCAUGAUCCCAGGGGAUGCCUGCAACUGAAGAUAGUAUUGGAAUCUGCAGUUCCUUGAUAGCCACUCCAAGUGCCGAAGACAGCUACCUUAAAUACCAGUAUGCACACACUGGACAAAGAAAUGAUUGCUGUUUUGAGCAGGACAGUAUAAGAAUACAUUGCACUACUGAGAACUGAUAUACAACUUAAACUUAUAAAUUAUUUCUUCUUGGAGCUUUCCGUUUAGUAUUUUGGACACCAUAGAAAACAACUAUCAGCCAGGGAGAUAACUCAGUGACUUAAACACCUGCCUGGCAAGCACAAGGUCCAGAGUUCAUCCCUGGUACCAAAAAAAACAUAACUAUAAAGAAGGACUACUCUAGGUUAAUUAAAGAUGCAUUAAAGUGUUUUUGAAUAUAAGCCUUGUUUUUCAUCAAUUGAUUAUAAAGUUUUGUUGAAGGACUACAGAAAAGGUUGAUUAAUAUGAUGUGAAUAAUACACAUCAGGUACCUUUUAGAUACCUUUUUUGGAAGGAAAAGUUAUUUUUCUAUUGUCUUAACUAAAGCUCUCUAAGGUUGGGUAUUUGUACAGGGUUUUUUUUAUUACUGUAUCUUUAGCUAAAUUUCUCAUGUUGCUCUAAUAAUAGUUACUAUAUAUUGUUGACAUUUUGCAAUUGAAGAAAUGAGCUGUAAACCUAACUUUACCAUUGAGCUUAUAUAUGUACUUUGGUGUCCUUCCCCCUAAAAGGGAUGAUGCCUUCUCUUCAACACUGUUAAUUUUUUAAAUUUUAUCAAAGAAAAUAUAUUACAGCAGCGUUUUUGAAAUGUUGAGAUAUUUCUCUGGCAUGAAGGAUACUUAUUUUAUAACUCUACAAAGCUAUUUUGUAAAUCAAAAAACUGUAUUUGGAAUUCACACUGUUUGAAUGUUUGAUGUAUUAUUGACUUAAAGUGAUGUAUUAUUGUGCAGCAGUUCAUUCUCUGCCACUUUUUUUGUUUAUGUGUACAUGCUAAAUAGUGUGAAAAGUAGAUCUGAACAUGUAUCACAUUUAAUACUUAUAACAUGACUACUUAAUAGAGUCAUACUUUUUUAUCUGGCUAAUCUUUGAUUUGGGAGAGAUUGUGAGAUUAGUAUGGAUGAUUUAAGGGGGGAAGAGAAUAAAGUUACUAAAAUGAUUAACCAGCCCUGGAUAUAAAAUACCUUAAAAUAACUAAUGGCAAUAAAAGUAGUACAGCAGAAAACAUAAAGCAGGAGCGAAGUAAAUCAGUCAACUAGAUUCUUUUCUUUUUAGUAGUAGCUUUGUUGAGAUAUAGUUUACAUACUAUAAAAUUUACCAUUAUAAAGUGGUUUUCUUCAAAGGUGUACUCUAUCAGUACUUCAGAACAUUUUCAACAUCCUCAAAGCUCGUGCCCAUUAGCAAUCACCUCAUUUCUCAUUCCCCCAUCUAAGCAACACAAUGUUUAGGUAGAAUUAUUUAUGGUGAACAUUUCAUAUACAUGAAGUUACAUAUUUACUUUUUAACUUUUCUACUUAAUAUUUUCAGGGCUUGUUAUAUAUUGGUACUUAAUUAUUUAUUGCCAAAUAUUCCGUUGUACUAAUAAUUAAGUCAUCCCUCAAUACCUGUUGUUUGGUUACAGAAACUGCCAGGAUACCAAAAUCCAUGGAUGUUCAAGUUUUUUAUGGAAAAUGGCAUAGUAUUUGCAUAUGUUAAUAUUCUGUAUAAGAGCAAUACAUCCUUUCAUAAAUGUAUAAAUUCUGCAGAAGUGAUGUGUGUAUUAUAGAAAAUGAGAAAAUAUAGCUAAACUAAAAAUUUAAAUACCACACUAAAAAAUGAAAGUACUUCAUCACUGAGAAUUACUGACAAGACUAAUGCAUGUCCUUUUUGAUCCUUAAAAAUGCUUCUCCCUCUAUAUAAUUGUAAGUGUAUGUAUGUUAUCAGAAUAAGGUUCCUAUUUAUGCUGUUUUGUAUACAACUUUUAAAGUCAACAAUCUUAAUCUCUUCCUUUGAAUAAACUUUGUCUUCUAAUAUUGAUGCCAA